GUUAUCAACGCAUAAAUUUCAUAUUUUUGUGUAAUACGAUCGUGAUGAGAAAUACCUAUUAUAUGUUAAAUGUAUUAAUUUGAAUUCUCACAUAUCUCAUAUAUGGGGCUUUGAGUUUUAUGAAGGAUGAUAAUGCAAAAAUGUGCACAGGAAAGAAAUGAUGAAUUGUGUAAUAAUUUUCUAAUAUAAAAUUAUUUCAAGUCAAUUUGUGAUAGUGAAUAUGGAUGAAAUAACAAUGAGCUAUUGUCCGCCAAAUAUAACUUUUAAUGAGAUUUGGGUAGAUCAUGGAGUGUCCAAGUGUUUUAUGGAUACUAUCAGUACGGCUAUAAUUUUUUUAUAUUUAAUUAUAUUUGGAUCCAUCCAAUUAUGGAUAUACUACAAGUAUGGAACGGAUGUUGAUGAGCGUACGUUGCCAAGAAGCAAAUUGUAUAACUUGCAAAAGUUUAUCUUGUACUUUGUUCCCUUCUUGAGUGUACUGAGAAUAAUUUUACAAGCCACAGUGUUGGACGAUGGGAAAGUGUAUGGAUAUAUGAUAUUUACAACAGUAUUGACAGUAAUUGUUUAUCUAUAUUCCAUCUAUAUAUUAAAAGUUGAACGACAUAAAUUGUUACCAAGUGUGCCACCACAUGGACAUGGAUUGGUGCUAUUAGGUUUUUGGACUUUGGCAUUUGUUGGUGAAAAUCUUGUUUUCAUCAAUAUUGGCAAGCUAGAAUGGUGGUUUCAUUUAAAUUCUUUGACAGAUCAGAUUGAAAUGGGUUUGUUUAUUUUGCGUUAUGUUUGUAAUCUAUUAAUAUUUGCUCUUGGUCUACGAGCUCCUGGUAUUGCUGGUAACUUCGAUUCUGAUUAUCAUACACUUAUUGAUGGCUCAGUCACACAAUCACGAUAUUAUCAAAGAAGACUAGAUGAUAACGUUUCCACAUGGGUAAAUCUGUGGUACAAGACAAAAGUCUUGGCACCAUUUUUAUGGCCAAAGUCGGACUUCUUACUUCAAUUGAGAGUGAUAUUUUGCUUUAUGCUACUGCUAGCUGGACGUUUGAUAAAUCUUUAUGUACCAAUCUAUAAUAAAAAGAUCGUAGAUAGUGUUGUAAUUGAACCUGUAGAAUUUAGAUGGGAUAUAGUGUUGAUAUAUGUAUUGUUCAAAUUUUUGCAAGGCGGUGGUACAGGAGGUAUGGGUCUAUUGAAUAAUUUAAGAUCCUUUCUUUGGAUUCGUAUUCAGCAAUAUACUACUCGUGAAGUAGAAAUAGAACUAUUUAGGCAUUUACAUGGAUUAAGUUUACGGUGGCAUCUUGGAAGAAAAACUGGUGAAGUAUUAAGAGUUAUGGACCGUGGCACAGAUUCAAUCGAUAAUCUGCUAAAUUAUAUUCUUUUUUCGAUUGUACCAACAAUUAUUGAUAUUAUGGUAGCUGUCAUAUUUUUCAUCAGUGCAUUUAAUAAAUGGUUUGGUCUCAUCGUUUUCACGACUAUGAUUCUCUAUAUCACCGCCACGAUUCUAAUCACGGAAUGGCGCACAAAGUUCCAGAGGCGUAUGAAUUUGGCCGAUAAUGCUCAAAAAGCACGUAGCGUUGAUAGUUUACUUAAUUUUGAAACAGUGAAAUAUUAUACCGCCGAGAUGUACGAAGUAGAAAGCUAUAAAAAUGCAAUCUUAGAUUUCCAAGUACAGGAAUGGAAAUCGAAUAUUACAUUGAAUAUUUUGAAUACUUUGCAAAAUAUCAUUGUCUCUGGUGGUUUACUGGCUGGAUCAUUGCUAUGUUUACAUAUGGUUGUUGCUCAUCAAGGUUUAACAGUCGGCGAUUAUGUUUUGUUCGCUAGUUAUAUAACACAACUUUAUGUACCAUUAAAUUGGUUUGGAACAUAUUACAGGGCUAUUCAAAAAAAUUUCGUCGAUAUGGAAAAUAUGUUCGAUCUGCUCAGAGAAGAUCAAGAAGUAAUAGAUGCACCAGGAGCCGGAUUAUUGGAUGUUAAGCGUGGACAAGUGGAAUUCUCAAAUGUAUCGUUCGGUUAUACUCCCGAGAAACUUGUACUCAGAAAUGUUAGCUUUACUGUACCCGCGGGAAAAACGAUCGCACUUGUUGGUCCAUCUGGUGCCGGAAAAAGUACCGUGAUACGAUUAUUAUUUCGCUUUUAUGAUGUGGAACAAGGCGCGAUAUUAAUCGAUGGACAAAAUGUGAAAACCGUUAAGCAGAAGUCUCUCAGAAGUGCCAUAGGUGUCGUACCGCAAGAUACAGUUUUAUUCAACAACACUAUAAAAUACAACAUCCAGUAUGGUUGUAUUGAUGCACCAGAAGCAGAUAUAAUUGCUGCUGCAAAACACGCAGAUAUCCAUGAAAGAAUUCUCACAUUUCCAAACGGCUAUGAGACACAGGUUGGCGAGAGGGGACUUAGGCUUAGUGGUGGUGAAAAACAACGCGUCGCAAUUGCGCGCACAAUAUUGAAAGCACCGAAAAUAGUACUGCUGGAUGAAGCUACAAGUGCUCUAGACACACAGGCGGAGCGUAAUAUACAAGCGGCAUUAAAUAGAGUGUGCGCUGGACGAACUACUAUUAUUAUAGCACAUAGAUUAUCCACGAUAAUUCAUGCAGACGAGAUCCUCGUCCUUAAAGACGGCGAAAUCGUCGAGAGAGGUAAACAUGAAGAAUUAAUUUCAUAUGACGGUAUUUAUCACGCAAUGUGGCAAGCGCAGCUGGAAAAUAAUCAAGAGAAUGGGAAGAAUGAGGAAAGUUCUCCCAUACAUGAAAAACACGCAACGUCCUAAUUACUACUAAAUAAAAAUAAAAAUUUAUAUAGAGUUUUA